AUGGAGAAAAAUCCUCAGUCAGAUCCAAGUUCUCAUGAUCCCCUAGGUCGUUCGCGCAGUCAAAUUGGUUUGGAAGUGGCCUUGUCAAUUCUCAUCUGCCUCACCUCCUUCCUCGGCAAUUUAUUAGUCGUUUAUGUAGUCCAUAAAGACUCCAGACUCAAGAGCUUAACGAAUGUAUUCAUCCACAACUUGGCAUUGACUGACAUUUCCAUGGCAUCGCUACACAUGCCCUUUUGGGUAACAAGCCUGUAUACAGGAACUUGGAUUUUUAGCGAGAAGUGGUGCAAGUUUCAAGCUGUAAUUCAGUCUACGUCGGGAAAUGCUUCUAUCCUGACUAUGGGACUUAUCGCCUUCUACCGAUAUUUCCGAGUCGUCAAACCAGCACUGAACAACAGGGUUUACUCUAGCAAGAGAAUGGCACGAUUGUACUGUGCCAUCGCAUGGAUAGCUUCAAUGCUUCUUGCAACACCGCCAUUGUACGGCUGGGGUAAGAUGAUAUACUACCCUUCAUGUUCGGUCUGCUCUUUUAAUUGGAAAAUCGAGAAUAUUUCAUAUACCAUAGUUACCGUGGGUGUAGUGAUCAACGGAACAACAGUUUCAAUCUUAUACUGCUACUACAAGAUUUAUAAGACUCUUAAAGAAAGCAGUCAAAAUAUAAAUGCCCACGGCAUUCAAGAUGGCGCGGCCUCAUCGGCACGUCCUGAAACUGAUAUAAGACUCUUGAAAACCUGUUUUACCGUCGUUUGUGUAUUUCUGUUGACACGGGCACCAAUUUCUGUUGCUGUGAUUUUUGAGACCGCUGGGUGCGUUAUCCCCAGAGAGGUUUGUACGGUAGCUGUUUACCUUAUGUUUACAAGCAGUUUAGUAAAUCCAAUGAUAUACGGGAUAAUGAAUUCGCAGUUCAAAGAGGCCUUCAAAAGGGCUUUAAUGUUUGGUACUUGUGGCAACAAUCAAAUUCAGGGUUCGUGA